AUGAAUUUCAUCACCAAUACUAUCGAAAAAAAGACUGGUCUCGAUAUCAAUCACGAUGGAUAUGUUGGAGGCGAGAAAAAUGCUGAGAAGCAAUUCGGUGUCGAUUUCAACAGAGAUGGAUAUAUUGGAGGCGAAGGCAUAAAAAGCAAGAUCGAGAAAGCAACUCAUAUUGAUCUCAACAAAGAUGGCAUGAUUGGUCGUCCACCAGACACGUUUCCAGGUGGUUACGCGGGCCCUCGUUAA